AUGCUAAAGCGUAUUGUUGGAUUACCUACAAGACGCUACUUCCACAGAACUUCCUUUUUACUAGGUGGUGAUUUCGAAACUGUUCAUAUUCCCAAUACAAAUCAUUUCAAAGAUUUAUUAAUAGAAAAAGGUAAAUUUCAAAAGGAUCAGGCAACGACAAUAGUAGAGAUAAUGACAGAUGCUAUUAGAGGCGGGGUGAGUCAUGUUUCUCAGGAUCUGGCAAAGAGAGAGAAAUUAACGCAACUUAGCUACCAGCAACGUGUUGAUUUUGCGAAAUUGAGAGAUCAGCUCUUGAGUGCUGAUAGAAGCGAAUUUCAUAAUAUACAAAACGAAUAUGAAAGUGUGAAAAACGAUUUAGAGAAAUUAAGAAACAAACUAAGGGAAGAAAUAACUAAAACCAAUGCAGGUUUUAAAUUAGAUUUGUCCUUAGAGAAAGGCAGAAUUAGAGAAGAAAGUAGUCACCAUGAUUUGCAAAUAAAAGAGAUUGAUACCAAAAUUGAGCAAGAAGUGACUAACAUGAAGAUGCAGAUUGAUUCUGUAAAGACCCAGGUUAUGCAAUGGCUGAUAGGUGUUUGUACAGGUACGUUUGCGCUUGUACUAGCAUACAUGAGAUUAUUAACAUAG